AUGCCAGAACACAGUCCAGCGCCCACACCGCAUAGAGCUAUUUACGGUUUUGCAUUUUACAUACUGUUCACCGUACUAUUUUUUGUUUAUGUGGCGUGGGCUUUUUUGCCCGUGGAGCUGGGCCUGCAUUCGUAUCUACCGGACAAGUAUUUUGCCGUGUUUGUGCCGGUGCUAAUUCUGGUGUGUGCCUUUUUUGCCGUCAUAAUUUAUCCGGCAAUUAAUCUUUCACUGACGCCUAAUAUUGAUUCAAUUGCGUCGGUUGUCGAUCUUAGGCUAGUACUACCUAAGGGCUCACAGUUCACAUCUUGGUCACAACUGCAAUGUCAACGCUCCGAGACGACGCCCCAUCGGAAAGUAUUACCGGCAAUCCAGUGUAAUCUGUGCGAAACGGAGCACAUGGCAAAGACUCGCUCGCCCAUACCACCACUUAGAUUUCUAGACUUGCAAGAAGUAAACGCCACAUAUUAUAACUAACAAA